UGGGUCUGUUAACACCUGCACAUUACGCUCUGGGUGUGUGAGGGGGCAAGGAGGAGAGGCGGACACACUCCCUCCCCUUGUUCCCUGUCCAACUCUGCUUCCAGCUGUUGCUGCAUUCCUCUUCUGGUCGCAGUCAGCUCAGGCCGCCGGGCAUUUUUUCUUCUUCUCUAAGUUUUGCGUCUGCUUUUUAGUUGCACUUCUGUGCGUAAAUGCAACACUGGAUUAUAGGACUUUGCUUAGACGUAAACAGUUGAAGGGAUUGUUCAUGGUAGGAAUGCCAGGAGUAUUAGAAGGAGGGGUAACAUUAUCAUUGAGGAGCUCCUGAGAUCCUGGACUGAUCUGUCUGGUUCUGCGCAAUGACAGAAGUGGCCAAUUGCGCAUCUGGAAUGGAAUCUGAGAUGAUGUUUAAGCCAGAGUCGGAUCAGAUGUGUGCACCAGAACCCAAGUCUCCACCUUUGGACCUGAUAGACACGGGGAAAGGCUUGAAAGUCCAGACUGCUACGCCUCAUCUGGUUAGCCUUGGCAGUGGGAGGCUGAGUGUUGCUAUCACCCUGCUGCCACUAAAAGAAGGGGUCACACGUAUAGGCCGAGAAGAUGCUCCAGUCCCUCAAGACAUCACGAUUGAGGGGCCUGGAAUCGAGGCUGAGCAUUGCCUUAUCAUCAAUGAAGGAGGAGUUGUGACCCUUGACCCCUGUGGUCACCUCUGCAGUCUGGAUGGAGUCCAGGUCAACAUACCCACACCGCUUACACAGGGAUAUUCUCUCUGUUUAGGUAAGUCCUACUAUUUUCGAUUCAACCAUCCUGCAGAGGCCAGCCGAAUGAAGAGCAUGCUUCCUCAGAAGAGCCCAGUGUCAGCUUUAGCCUAUAACACAGAUUAUCUGAAGUUCAGCAGUGACUACAGUCAUGCAGUAGGAGGCGCCGGCAGUGCUAGAGGGAUGCGAUCAGCCUCUGAGCUGCGGGAUUUGAUGGACACCCUGCAGCGAAAGAAAAUAGCCCUGGAAAACAGCCUGAGAGCCAAUGGGAAUGCUAACCCCUCCUAUUUUAGCGUCACGCAGUCUCCACCCACUACUCCCACUCCCAGUCCUGCUGCGUCUUCAUCAUCCUAUCAGGAUCAAGCAAGGCGUCUCUACAGCUCCGAUCGUCCACCUGUUUUCUUGAAAUCGGGCUCCAGCCUUCCCCCUGGAAGACGAUCUGACCCUUCGUCUUCCUCUCGUACUUCUCUAAGCCGCGGUCAGGACACCCGGCGACUGCACAACCCAGGCUCCUCCCCUUUGUUGUCCACGUGGAACGGCGGCGGGUCCUCUACUUCUGUUGCCAGUAGCGAUAACAUUCUCCUCUCUCUCCCUCCCUCUUCCGCAUCCCGUGCUCCAUCGUCAGGGGGUGCUGCCAGCAUGCCCUCAAGCCCCCGUUUGGGCCGGCGUAACCACGGCAACCAGGAAGUAUUACCCGCCAGUCGAACCAGGAAAUAUUCGGCCGGGUCGCUGAGCAGUCUGAUGACUGGAGGACACAGCCGAUCACUCCCACGUCUAUGUCCCUCCCCGUCUCCUCGGGGUGAUAGCAGCAGAACGCUGCCUCUUUCAACACUCCCUCUGAGACAGACGGAUAUUAACGGGAGUUACAAAUUAAGCAAGGAGACUUACAGCAACAGUCCAAAUGCAAAUUCUGAAUUCAACCACACCUUCCAGCAAGUAUCCAACAGGAGUUAUACCCAAACCAACGCUCAGGGGGAAGGUGUUGUAUCUAUUUCUCUUUCCUCCCCCAAAAACUCUUCGUCCUCAACUUGUUCCAUCUCAUCAACAACUACCCCACCAGAUGUGACAAUCCCGUCUAAAGCAGGAGGCUCCUCUUCUCCACGUGUCGCCAAAAAACUUAGCCUGACCUCCACCAGCUCCUUUGGCUCAGUCAGCUCGACUAAUUCCAGCCCUCCAGACGCAGGAUCUCAUUCCACCCAAGGAGUGUCUUCAGGUGUAGAGAGGUACUCAGGGGAGAAAGAAAGGCGAUCUGGAGGUCUGGAGAACACCUGGGCUGGGGAGACGAGGGCUUCACUUGGGAAGGCAGGGCUGGAUCAUGGGACCGGUCUAGGGGAGAGGAGACAGUCAUUUGGAAAAGCAGGAGUGACUCCACCUGGGGGAUUUAGGGAGAGAAGGGGAAGUAUUAGCUCCCUUAGCGGGAAGGAAGAACUGACAGACUACCACCAAAGGCAAAAAGAGGAGAGAGUUCGUGAGCAGGAGGUGGAGAGACUGGAGCGACAGCGGCUAGAGACCAUCCUGUCUCUUUGUUCGGAGCUCGGGCGUGCUGAGAGGGACGGAGGUGGGCCGGCGGCCAGUUCCACGUCGGCUGUCGCCAACCUCCAGAAGAUUAACCAGGAGCUGGAGAAGCUCCAAGUAAAUGAUGAAGAAGAAGAAGACGACGCCCCGUCCGUGUUUUCAGACUCUUCGGCUGUUAACGGAUCCAUAGGUAGUGGUCACAUGACCUCCCUGGGAUCAGAGAACGGUUACCUUGAUGAGGACCUACAGGUGCGGCGGAGGCGCAGCAGCGGACACAGAGAUUACAGGGCCGAAUCGCCUGCUGUCAGCCUUCGAAGCUUUGCUCCGUCCCCCUCUUUAAAAGCUCUUAGGACAAAUGAGUCUGCAGAGGAUCCAGCCUCCUGCCUAGGCCGAGUCUCGCUGCCUUCAGAAGAGGAAGUGAGGCGUGUGGAGGAGGAGAGAAUUCAGGUGCUGAACAACAUCGAGGAGCUGGAGCAGAAAAUCAAAGAUUUGGACAACCAAAUGGAGGAAUCUGCUAGAGAGGUGGAAGUUGAACGAGCGCUUGUUGAAGCUGAGCAGGAGUCGGAACUAGCUGCUCUCCAGCGAGAAAAAGAUGCUUUGGAUGAGCUUCACUCCAAGAUUGAAGACCUGGAGACAAAAUCUCAACAGGAAAAAGAAAAGGCGUGUGAGUUGCUGCAGGCAGAAAGGGACAGAGUAGAGAGGUUGGCUCAGAUUGUGUGUGAGCAGCGCUCCCAGCUGGACAGCUGCCCUGAAGCCACCAAGGAGCCCCUGCAGGAGCAGCUAGCCAGGGACUGUGAGGCACUAGAGGCAGAGACGAAGCGCUUUGAAGACCUGGAGUUCCAGCAGCUGGAAAAUGAAAGCAGACAGGACGAAGAGAAGGAGACCCAUACUCAAGAGCUUCUCCGAGAAAUCGCAGACUACCAGCGCAGCACUGUUACUCGCAAAGAGCGACUGUUGGCUCUGAAGAAGCAAGCAGCGCAGAUAACUGAGCAGGCUCAGAGAGAGCAGGAGAGCUUCCUGAAGGAGAAGAGCAACCUUGAUGCCAUGCUGCAAAGAGAAAAGGAAAGCCUCGCCACACUGGAAAGAAAAUAUGCUGACCUCACCGGUGGCCGGAGUUUCUCUCUAAGGGAGGAAACUGCUUCUUUAGCAGAUGUAUGCCGGUCCCUUCUUUGCUCUAUAUCUCUAAAGAACACUAAGGGCUAUGUCACUGUCAGUGAAAUCAAUGAGCUUUACUCACAGCUAGGGCAGGACCCUAACCCUGCCCCUUCCUCCUCUCUGGCCAAAGCCCCCAUUGGGUCUGAGGUAAACCUUUCCCCUGAGGAAGACACCACAAAGCCGACGGAGGACGAGAUUUCUCAAUCUUCAUCUGCCGACUGUUGCUCCUCCACCUCUUCUUCUUCUUCCUCCCAUGUAAAUUCUCGUCCCCUCCCAAAAACCCCCUCCGUGCACUGGCCAGAAAACAUGGUAACAUAUCGAGACCCCUCCCCACUCCCUGACUCUCCCCCACCUCCUCUUCCUGUCAAAAACCAUCAUCAGCGACACAGGCAGCAUCUCCGUUUGCUGGAAGAGAGAACACGCUCUGAGAAAGAAAGCAGUUCACAUAUGAGUGACACUCUGCCCAGGAAGAAAAACAUUCCCACUCUGAAUACCCAGUUUUCAUGUGCAACGCUGGGGCGCAGCUAUGCAACAAAGUCCCAUCAGCCUCUGGUUCAAAGCACAAGUUGUGGCAGCAUCCUUCCCAGAAUUCUCUCUCUGUCCAAUAAGGAGACUGAAUCUCGACGGCUACAAAAAGGCCAGUCCGGCUCGCGAGCCGCAUCCCAGACUAAUGUCUACCUCGACGCCUUUGGAUACCGUGAAAACCAGGCCUUUGACACGCUUAGCGUAGAUAGUAGUGACUCCAUUGAAACCAGCAUCUCAGCUUGCUCACCUGACAAUGUCUCCAGUGCCAGUACUUCAAAUGUGGCGAGGCUGGAGGAGAUGGAGCGCCUUCUGAGGGAAGCUCAAGCCGAAAAGAACCGCCUCCUAGAACACAAGGAACGAGAAAUGGAAAUGCGCAAACAGGCCCUGGAGGAGGAGAGGAGAAGGAGAGAGGACCUGGAGAAGAGGCUACAGGAGGAGACGAGCAGACGUCAGAAACUCAUUGAUCGUGAAGUGAAAAUGAGAGAAAAACAAAGGGCACAGUCGCGGCCACUGACUCGCUACCUCCCAAUAAGAAAGGACGACUUUGACCUGCGGGCUCACAUUGAGUCAGCGGGCCACAACACCGAAACCUGCUUCCAUUUAUCCAUCUCGGAAAAAACUUGCCGAGGCUACCUGAUCAAGAUGGGCGGAAAGAUCAAAACCUGGAAGAAACGUUGGUUUGUGUUCGACCGCAACCGCCGCACGCUGUCCUACUAUGCAGAUAAACACGAGGCUAAGCUCAAAGGAGUGAUUUACUUUCAAGCUAUUGAAGAAGUAUAUUAUGAUCAUUUGAAGAGUGCGCACAAGAGCCCAAACCCCUCCCUCACCUUCAGCGUAAAAACGCAUGAUAGAGUGUACUACAUGGUGGCUCCCUCUCCUGAGGCCAUGAGGAUCUGGAUGGAUGUGAUCGUCACGGGGGCUGAAGGAUACACUCAGUUCAUGGUGUAGCGACAGGAGGAGGCUUUUCUUUUGUCUUCUGGAUAUCUCUCUUUUGGGAUUUUCUUUCUAGAGAAUUAAGGAAAAAUCAUCGCUCAUGCCGACUGUGGACAAAAGCAGGAUUAAUAUUACAAUAUUAUACAAAUUGUAAUUUGCUCUUUAAAAAACUACAAGUCACUCUUACAGGUACUGCUCUUCACAGCUCCCCCUUAGGGUUGAUCUUAACUUACCUAUUAAUUUAGCCUAGAUAUCAAAUAAUUUCUUCUCCAGGUUUAGAUGAGAAUACAGCAACAUUUUAUUUUUGAUAAGAAAGUAGAAUCCGUGGGGAUGACCAGGCUUUUAGCUAGCAAUGUGUACAGCUGUACAGUAUAUAUUGAUUUGAGAGAUUUUUUUUAUUGUUCUGGUGCUUUCAGUUUGUACCACAUACCUGAAAAAUGCUAACAUCUACUUCCAGCUGCCAUGAACAGUAGCGGAAAACCGCCUGCUGGGGAUUCCCAGUGACAGUUCACCUCCAACGGCGAAAUAAUAUUUUAAGACAGACUGUAAUCUUGAUGAACUGACUGCAUAGACAAUGUUUUAAGGUUAACUUUCUCACUUAAAAACAUAUUAAAACUACUUUUUACCCAUUUAUCACAACAAAUGUAACAAAGCCACUCUCUGCCUCUGAACACGGGAGCAGCACAAGCAUCAGAUGCUUCUGGACACACUUCACUGGAUAUGCUUCCGGAGCAUCAAAGAUGCUCCUGACCUGUAUGAAAGCUUUAAAAAUUAAGCAGUGGGCACUUUUGCUGCUAAAAUCAUGGUGUGAACGCAGCAUUACUCUUUAUGAUUGCUUGAACUAACCUAUGAAACAUAAUAUUGUAUCUAAAAAUUUUCUCACAUCUUCAUUAUGAAAUUUCCACCUCUAGUCAAGCACACAUACUUCCCAAAAUCAGGACAAAAGUAUUGUUGUAACAAAGACAAAAAGUUUGCUCCGCCUCAAAAUGCAGGGAAUAGCAUUUCAGAGAGUCUGAAAAUUAAAUGAUGUUCCCUACACCCUGUGCAAAGCCUAAAGAUGUGAUACACCAAGGUUUAGAUCCUAUGAAGUAUUCCUAGCUAAAAGCCUGGGGAUAACGAAGCUCUAACCUUAAGCUGUAUAUUAUAUUGUUCCUAUCAAUAUUGUAACUAGGGGAUUCAUUUGUCAGUGCUCAGUGAAAACUUAUGUUAUACUUUAAAUUUUAUUCCAGGGUAAAUAGACAUUACACAACUUAAAUAAUUCAAUUUUGUAAUGGUUUAAAGUAUCAAAAUUAUUCCUGUGGGAUACUGGGGUCUGAACUUUGCAGUAUCCAUACCUGCAUGGAUAUUCUUAUUGCAUUAUCCACAUGAGAUAUAAAGAGGUUUCUGAUAUGUGCUCUUUGAAAAUCUAUCGAUCGUGGGCAUCAUUAAAUAAUACAAACAGAAAACCAUAAGGAUUGUGAUCGUUAUCCUGGGUUUUACUAGAGAAUCAUCACAGCCUCUGAUGCAAAGAGUAAAUAAAUAAGAAAAACAUAAAACACAAGGAUAUUCAUCUGUUUUUGUAAAACAAGUCACAAAGCCACAAGUGGCACAUGGUUUUAUUUGAAAUACAGUCACCUUCAACACAUAAGGUUUAAUUUUGGUGUUUAUGUGGCUGUAUUUUUUUUUUCUUUUAUAUGUAUGCAAUAUUUAUAAAGUAAGUUUUCAAAUCUGUGCCAAGGAUUAUGUUGUUUUUAAGAUGCGUAGCAGACAAAUCUAUGGUACAUUCUUAGCUAGUAAUAGAAUCCCACUUAUUAUUUUGCUGCCUUCAUAAACAUUUUUUUUUUUUGCAUUGCAUUUAUUACCCUAAUAAAAUGGUUUAAAUGACUGUCCUAAAGUUAUAAAUGCAGCUUUAUAAUAUAUCUAUAUGUAGAUAGCUAUAAUAUCACCCAGCUUUGCGUUGAUUAAUGUUGUGUUGACCAAAGUGUAUAUCCAACUGUAUAUAUGAUUUCUUUGCUUCUUUUAAAGAACAAAGCCAUCAGAGGUAUAAAAAUAGUUUUAACCUGAUGAAACCAGGAUAUGGUUAUUUGCUGCCUAUAAUCAAGCUGCUUCCACAAUUUGGUUCAUGUUAUCAAUAUAUUUUUAUAUACAUAUACAUGUUUGUAUGUUAAUAUUUAUCAUUAUCAAUGCAUCUUAAUUUUGUAUUUUCAUAUGAAUAAUAAAUGGUAUAUCUUCA